CAGACCGACAUAUUUUAAUCCCUACCUAGAUCAAUAAGAAAGAAAGAGAGCAACAGCGAAGACCCGAGGGGCUCGAAUCAGUAACCAUGCUGCCUACGAAUGUUAUGUCGUUCAUGAAAAAGAUGGUGACUGCAGAACCGGCACCCCCUAGUUCUGCAUCGGAACCGGCAGAUGGCGGUACCACUUUUGGAAAAAUUAGACAGACCUUAUCAUCUUCCCUUCUCACGGCUCAAGACAAAGUAACCAAAAUGGGCCCCAGACCUUCUCUUAUACCCACCGAUGCCACCACGGGAGCCGACCAGCAAUCACCCCCCGCCGAAGACAAGCCCCCCGCCACCAUUACAGCUCCUUCCACGGCCAAAACGGAGCCGGGGAAGCCCCCGAGCAGGGCGGGCGCGUGCAGGGUGUGCCUCAAGGCCUUCAAGCCGGACGACUUCAGCAGGACGUGCGCCACGUGCACGCAGCGCGUGUGCGAGGACUGCGCGAGCUACAGCAAGCUGGGCGAGGACGAGGAUCCGGCCAAUUGGACGUGCAGCGUGUGCAGAAGAAAAAUGCAAUCGCGAGCUGCCGUCAUACCCCAAGACUCCAACGAAAGCCUGCUCGAAAUACCCCUACAGGAGCUGCAGCGGAGGCACUCCGAGGCAAGACUGGGAUCCUCCGGAGGCGGCUUGGGCGUGGGGGGAGGGCCGGGAGGCCUGGCCCCACCUCGCAGUCCCGAGCUCCGACGUCACUCUGACGUAUCGCCUGCAUCUCUUAAGGAAUUGGAAAAGCUGAAAGGCAGCGGCGCCAAAACCCCAGACUCGGACUGGGCCCGCGGCGGCGGCCGCUCCAGGGCCGGCUCCAGGGCCAACAGCCCCCCGCGAACCACCGAACUGCCGCCCCGGUCGCGGAGGGCAUCGCGGGUCGCCCGCCAGCACAGCUACGACGACGAGGUCAAGGCCGGCCUGUUGCCCGGCGCGUCGCCAGGGGGCGGCGGAGGGGAAGUGGGUCUGGGCCUACCCGCUCCCAUGCCCAGGAGAGCUUCGGCCUACGACGUGUUCUCUGUACCAGGCCUGAGUACGGUGACGCAGCCUACAAACAUGGGACGCAGGGCCUCGUUCAGGGCUCCGGCCCCUGAACCUUCGAGUCCCCCCAGUCCGGAUAUGCCCCCCACUCUUACUCUAGUCAUGCCCGAAGAUGACAGACGCACCAGACGAAGAGGAUCGCAUUUACCGGACAUUGGAGGUAUCAGAACAAUAGUACCACCAAGACCUACUCCGGCCCUGGAGGACCUAGAAGCCGCGCCUAGAAGACAGGCUUCGGUAGACGCAGAAGCUAUACGGAUUGUGAUUCAUGACGUGGACAGCGGAUCGGCAUCGGCGGCUCAGAAACGGGUUGUGCUCAGGAGGGAUCCCACAGAUAAAGCUCAUAGAACCCGAGGCUUCGGCAUGAGAGUGGUGGGGGGCAAAACUAGUCCCGACGGUCAUCUGUUUGCCUACAUAGUGUGGACGGUGCCGGGGGGACCGGCAGAGAAGGGCGGCCUACAACAAGGCGACAAGGUUCUUGAAUGGGGAGGCGUUUCCCUCAUAGAUCGCAAUUUCGAGGAGGUGUGCGCCAUCAUGGACCACACCGGCGACACUGUGGAAUUGCUGGUCGAGCACGCCACUGACCUAAGGAUGUGCGACUUUUUGGACGAGCCCCCGCAACCCCCGCCAGUGUGCAGGAAACCGUCAGAGGCCAACAUCACAGCUUUACAUGUCGAACCAGAAAACGAAAAAACUCCCUCGUCGCCAACCCGAAGAAAACUACCCAAAACACCGGAACAACUCGCCAAAGAGCGAACAGUCUCGGGCAGAAUCCAAAUACAAGUUUGGUACCAUGACGAAAGAAAAGAGCUUGUAGUUGCUGUCCUGGCCGCAGACGACCUGGCACCCAGAGAUGACAGUUUGGGAUUUGGACCUUUGCCGGAAGCCUAUGCCAGACUGUGUCUUUUACCUCUGACUCCUGUUUCUAGAACGGAGGAUCACUGUGUCCAGACUGAAGUGGCCCCCGCCAGCCAGAACCCCAUAUGGAACGCCAACUUAAGUUUCAUGAACGUGCCAGGUGACGAACUCAUGGAACGAGUACUGGAAAUCACUCUUUGGGACCUCAUACCUCACAACGAACACGCGUUUUUAGGGGAGUGCUCGGUUGACUUGCAAAAAGCGUUUCUGGAUGACAGAGCAGUAUGGUGCAGACUGGAAGAUCCCAGGCAACUUAGAGGAAGAUCUCCUCACACUUCACCAAGAGGUUCGGUGGCUGGAACUGGCAAAAGGAACGACUUUGGAAAUCAAAGAAGCGUCUCUGAUGAUGUGGAUUCUAUCGGAGAGUGUGCCAGUCUACUGCAUCCAGACCACGCUUGGGGUUCAAGAAGAGGUUCUUCACAGUCCGAACAACUGGAAGUGGAAGUGUACCAACUGGGCAAAGAUUUCUCCAGAUCGUUACCUGGGUCUAGAAGAUCAUCCUUCCAGAGCGCACAAGAACAAGCAGAACAGGAACAGCCUGCUGCUCCACCUCCUCCUUCAUACUCUAGAGAUCGCCGAAGAAGUAGUUGCACCAGAAUGUUAAGAGACCCAGAAGAGAUAUUGAAAUCUCUGAAAGCAGUUAAAGGGGAAUUGGGAAGGACCAUGAGCCUGACAGCUGACAAACGAAGAAGGUCGAGUGCAGUUUCUAAUCGAUCCGAAGUGCGAAAAAAUAGCGUCAUGGAAGUUCCAGAGAAGGAGAAAGAAAAGGACAAUAGUCCUCCUAGUAGUCCAGAAAGGGCUUCGCCUCCAAGGCUUGGGCCGGGACAGAUCAAACCCAGAGGGUUUAGAUUAUCCGGUACCAAACCAGUUGAAAUCAAACUGGGUUUGCUCAUGACCAAAGGACAACUAGAAGUAGAGGUGGUAUGUGCCCGACACAUUGCUCAAAAAGAAACCCCACCCGACACAUACGUCAAGUGCUAUCUGCGAGACGGUGAGAAAUGGUUGCAGAAGAAAAAAACUCGCGUGUGUAGACACUCCUGCGAGCCCCAGUUCAGGCAGACGCUCAAGUACCAAGCUUGUGACGUUCUAGGACGCAGUUUGGUGGUCAUGCUCUGGGAACGUCAGGGUGGUUUCGAGCACAACCAAGGUUUGGGCGGGGCAGAAGUAGCUCUGGAUUCACUCACCCUGACCUACCUAAACAUCGGUUGGUACCCCUUGUUUCCCAUCCACUCACUAGGAAGCGAUUCAAACGACUCACCUUGACCAGGCGGCGAUUCAGGAGACGAAUCUCCCGCAGAUUGAUCGGAGAACGAAGAUAUUUUGGAGGUGCAUGUUUUUUCUGUUCUUGAGAUGGGGAGAAGAAGUUUAAGUAGACCAAAAGUAAAUCAUAACACCAAUAUAUGUACUAAGAAUGAUUAUUGUGAAAAAUGAAAUUGUUAAUAGUACAACUUGUCGAAUA